CCCUUCUCGCGGACCGCCUGGGUCCCGGUGGCGGCGGUGCCAAGCUCUUGGAUUUCGUGGCAAGGCUGCGGGCGCCCGUCCCUCGGUUCACCCUUUCACCCCUCCUUCAUCCCCAGGCGUCACGCGGGGUGGCGUGGUUUUUCCGCCCACUCCCGAGGCUGUGCUGGCGAGGACGGGAAUUGCAGGGCCUCUCCGCUUUGGCGAGCCCUGGAAUCCAAGUCCUCCCCGCCCCAGUCACUCUGCCGCGGGCGCGGGGGGCUCGAAAGAGGCUGGGGUUUGUUUCAAGAGGCUCAGAUUAGAGACGCAGCCUCUAAGUCUGAACUUGUCCUCGACCUCCCCCAGCCCUGCCGCCUCUGGUCGCGGAGACGCCCAGCAGCCGGCUCGGCAGCGGGCGGAACGGGCAGCAGCCUGGCCGUCCCGCAGAGCGCGGAGCCAGAGCGCUCCACAGCGGAGGUAGCGUGCGGCCGGACCGCCCAGGGCUUCCCUGCGGCGGGAGCGGAAGGCGAGCGGGGUGACAGGAAGGGUCCGCAGAGCCGGAGCUCCGCCCCCCUGGCCACCGGCUGGGAGGCCGGCAAUGAGAGUGGCAGCGGCGGAGGGCGCGGCGCCAGCGGAGAGGGGCGGAGACGCGGGCGCUGGUUGGCGUGAGCUCAGGGGCGGGGCGCGCGGGGCCGAACCGAAGACCGGGCCGGCUCCGGGCGCUGGAGCUGCAGGCGCCAGGAGAGGAGUCGCGAGCAGCUGGAGCGGAGUUGGAGGAAGAGGUGGCUGCGGCGAGAGGCUGGCGGGCGAGCGGGUUGGAGACAGCGAGCUGGGAUCGGGAACGGCGGGUAAUCAGAGGUGCAUCGGAGCCGUGCGUGCAGGAGGCCGCCGCUGCAGUCCAGACCGGGAGAAGAAGGAAGCCGGCGGACCGGGGAAGGUGAAGCUCGUGUGUGGAGUGCAACAGUAAAAUCAGACGACAGAUGGACAGUGCGACAAGAGUGUCCGAAAGGAUUGGGCCUCGCUGCGAGAGUCAGAGUGGAGUCAGAGUGUUGACAAGUUUCUGAAAAGGAAGCCAGUGGGAAGACUGUGGUCUGCAGAGGAAGUCGCGCCCUCUUCAGUCAUACCAUUGAUGGAGGACAGAUGGACAGCCAAUGGCCAAUCACCUCUCCUCUUAAACCUUUGGAGAGUUGUUCUUUGUCCUCUGCUGGACACAUAUUAGGAAUCUUACUACACUCUCUGAGUUCACUUUCCAGAGAGACGUAAAAUUAGACUGCGGUGUGUUACCAGACUCAUCUGUUGCAUGGUCACAGAUCUGCAAACAUGAGUGCCGAGGGGUACCAGUACAGAGCGCUCUAUGAUUAUAAAAAGGAGCGAGAAGAAGAUAUCGACUUGCACUUGGGUGACAUAUUGACUGUGAAUAAAGGGUCCUUAGUAGCUCUUGGGUUCAGUGAUGGACAGGAAGCCAAGCCUGAAGAAAUUGGCUGGUUAAAUGGCUAUAAUGAAACCACAGGGGAGAGAGGGGACUUUCCAGGAACUUACGUAGAAUAUAUUGGAAGGAAAAAAAUCUCACCUCCCACCCCAAAGCCCCGGCCACCUCGACCCCUUCCUGUUGCACCAGGUUCUUCGAAAACUGAAGCAGAAAGUGACCAACAAGCUUCGAGCCUUCCGGAUCUUGCAGAGCAGUUUGCCCCUCCUGACAUUGCUCCACCUCUUCUUAUCAAGCUCGUGGAAGCCAUUGAAAAAAAAGGUCUGGAAUGUUCAACUCUAUACAGAACACAGAGCUCCAGCAACCCAGCAGAAUUACGACAGCUUCUUGAUUGUGAUGCCGCCUCCGUGGACUUGGAAACAAUUGAUGUUCAAGUUUUAGCAGACGCUUUCAAACGGUAUCUCCUGGACUUACCAAAUCCUGUCAUUCCAGUAGCUGUUUACAAUGAAAUGAUUUCCUUAGCCCAAGAAGUACAAAGCUCCGAAGAAUAUAUCCAGCUGUUGAAGAAGCUCAUUAGGUCACCUACCAUACCUCAUCAGUAUUGGCUUACGCUUCAGUAUUUGCUAAAACAUUUCUUCAAACUCUCCCAAACCUCCAGCAAAAAUCUUUUGACUGCAAGAGUACUCUCGGAACUUUUCAGCCCUCUGCUUUUCAGAUUCCCAGCAGCCAGCUCCGAGAAUACUGAACACCUCAUACACAUUAUAGAAAUUUUAAUCUCAACAGAAUGGAACGAACGACAGCCUGCACCAGCACUGCCUCCUAAACCACCAAAACCCACUACUGUAGCCAACAACGGUAUGAAUAACAAUAUGUCCUUACAAGAUGCUGAAUGGUACUGGGGAGAUAUCUCGAGGGAAGAAGUGAAUGAAAAACUUCGAGACACAGCUGAUGGAACCUUUUUGGUACGAGACGCAUCUACUAAAAUGCAUGGGGACUAUACUCUUACACUAAGGAAAGGAGGAAAUAACAAAUUAAUCAAAAUAUUUCACCGAGAUGGGAAAUAUGGCUUCUCUGACCCAUUAACCUUCAACUCUGUGGUUGAAUUAAUAAACCACUACCGGAAUGAGUCUCUAGCUCAAUACAAUCCCAAGCUGGAUGUGAAAUUACUUUAUCCAGUAUCCAAAUACCAACAGGAUCAAGUUGUCAAAGAAGAUAAUAUUGAAGCUGUAGGGAAAAAAUUACAUGAAUAUAACACUCAGUUUCAAGAAAAAAGUCGGGAAUAUGAUAGAUUAUAUGAGGAUUAUACCCGUACUUCCCAGGAAAUUCAAAUGAAAAGAACAGCUAUUGAAGCAUUUAAUGAAACCAUAAAAAUAUUUGAAGAACAGUGCCAAACCCAGGAGCGGUACAGCAAAGAGUACAUAGAAAAGUUUAAACGUGAAGGCAAUGAGAAAGAAAUACAGAGGAUUAUGCAUAAUUAUGAAAAAUUAAAGUCUCGCAUCAGUGAAAUUGUUGACAGUAGAAGAAGACUGGAGGAAGACUUGAAGAAGCAGGCAGCUGAGUAUCGGGAGAUUGACAAACGCAUGAACAGCAUUAAACCAGACCUCAUUCAGCUGAGAAAGACAAGAGACCAGUACUUGAUGUGGUUGACUCAGAAAGGUGUUCGGCAAAAGAAGUUGAACGAGUGGUUGGGCAAUGAAAACACUGAAGACCAAUAUUCACUGGUAGAAGACGAUGAGGAUUUGCCCCACCAUGACGAGAAGACGUGGAAUGUCGGAAGUAGCAACCGAAACAAAGCUGAAAACCUACUGCGAGGGAAGCGAGAUGGCACUUUUCUGGUCCGGGAAAGCAGUAAACAGGGCUGCUACGCCUGCUCCGUAGUGGUGGACGGCGAGGUGAAGCAUUGUGUCAUAAACAAAACGGCCACCGGCUAUGGCUUUGCCGAGCCCUAUAACUUGUACAGCUCCCUGAAAGAACUGGUGCUACAUUACCAACACACCUCCCUUGUACAGCACAACGACUCCCUCAACGUCACACUAGCCUACCCGGUAUAUGCACAGCAGCGGCGGUGAAGCACGGACCCCCGAUCCUCCUGAUGUCCAGCCACCCUGAGGCCUCUGGAAAGCACAGGGCUCCUUCUCCAGCCUGACCUGUGAAUUGAGCUGCGGACACCAAGCCGUCUGUCUUCAGAUGGGACUCGCGCUUUCGACAAAAAAAGUAGUACGGGAAGACACGCAGCCUCGCGCUGUGCGAUGACCAGACGUUGCUAAUCUGGAGUGCUUAUCCUUCCUUCCUUCCUUUCCUUUUUUAUUUUUUGGGGGAUUUAAUUUAAAGCCACCACACGACACACAACACAAAGAGAAAAAGAAAUGCAAAAAUCUCUGCGUGCAGGGACAUAGAGGCCUUUACCCAUGGUGCUCGUUCACGCUUUCUGAAGCUUUACCAGCUCAAAGUUGGGACCUUGUAGACCAGAGGAUGGAUGGGGCUGAAGAGCCCUGGCCUGGGAUCGCUCGGUCCAGCCUGGUUUAGCCUGGGUGUUGCUGUGCACGGUGGACCCAGACACUUCGCACUGUGGAUUAUUUCAUUUUCUAACAAAUGAACAAUAUGUAGCAGAAAGGCACUUCCGGCGCACAAGGGACACUUUGGAAGAACAUCAGCUCACGUAUGUUCAGAGGAAAUUCUGUUGUAGCAAAGUGCCAGAAAGUGUUUUGUUUAAACUUUUCAAAAACAAAACAAAACCCACCAACAGAAAGAAAUGGAACUUGGAAAAUAGGACUUAAAGUGAAACUCAGUAUAUAAAAUAUGUACAUAACAUUGGAUGACUAACUAUCAAAUAGACGGAUUUGUAUCAAUACCAAAUAGCUUCUGUUUUGUUUUGCUGAAGGCUAAUUUCACAGUGCUAUGCAAUUCUUAAUUUUCAUUGUUAUCUCAGUUUUAAAUGUACCUUCAGAAUAAGCUUCCCUUGCCCCAGUUUUUGUUGCUUGAAAAUACUGUUGUCCCUGAUUUUUGUGUUAAUAUUCAUUUUGUUAUUCUUUUAUCUUUUUUUUUUUUUAAGAAAAAAUGUACAGGAUGCCAGUUUAAAAAAGGCUUCAGAAUUAAAACUAUGAAAUAUUUUACAGUUUUUCUUGUACAGAGUACUUGGCUGUUAGCCCAAGGUUAAAAAGUUCAUAACAGAUUUUUUGGACUAAAUGUUUUGUUGGGCAGUGCCUGAUAAGCUUCAAAGCUGCUUUAUUCAAUAAAAAAAAAAAGAGAAAGAUAUAUGACUAUGACAAAGUAUCGCUGAGUUCAACAAUGUUUCAAGACUCUUAAAAUACGGUACCUGACAAUGUUUGUUUCAUAAAGAAUUGUGAACUUCUUGGAUCUAGGGAGGGGGGAUGUAGCAAAGGGAUGUACAGGUAGGGUGCAGGGAGGGGUGGCAUGCACUUUCUCAUGAUUACAGAAGAAGGAACUAACUGCAAAGUGAAGUUGCUUAUACUUCAGUCUUUUCCAACUUUGAUCUGCUAGUUCUCAAUUGUGACAAUUACACACCUACUAGGACUCUAACACAGUGCAGCUGGUCAGAUAUUUCAGUUCUUAGGAAGGAAGUUAAGACUCCAGGAACAGCGUUCCACCUUUGUUUGGAACACUGAUUUCAAGGUAUAAUCGCUACAUUUAGAAAAGAUAUCUCUUUUUAACAUUGGACUACCAUUACAACCAACUAACAUUCAUUUUAGAAAAAGCAUGAUCUGAAAAAAUGUUUUUAUCUGGAUAUUUGUUCUUUUUCCAAGCUUUCCGUUCACUUUAGAUCAUAAAGUGAAUAGGCAUGAUCGUGAAACUUACUGCUCUGGGGCUGUGUGGGGCUGAUUCGAGUCAUGGCCAUUUCAGGAAUCAUAACAGUCCUUCUCAUUCAUCCAAAUAAUCGUAUGUGUUAUACUCCCACUGUGGGGAAAAGGAAGGGGUUGUUAGUCAUCUUUCCAAUUUAAGGCAAGCAUGAGGGGCCUCUGAUUCACAGAUGCAAAAGCCUGGGUUCGGUGGAAAUUGUACAUGUAUUGGGAGGAAUAAAGGAUGAUUAUAUUCACGGUCAGUAGGCCGGUAGAUUAAAACGACAUCUUACAAUUUCAGUUGUCCUUUCUCAACAUCAGAUUCAUCCACAGCUUUAUUUCUCUUCCCUCAAAUACUGGGGUGGGGGGGUUUUGUUUUGCUAAUGUUGUUCCUUUUGAAAUUCUUUUGAAAGACUCCUCCUAGCAGCUGAGUUAAUCAACUGUAGAAUGUAUUUUUUUUCCCUCUGUCCGUGAAGCUAUUCAUAUCAAGAGCAAUAGUCAGUCUUGCAGCCAGACUGACAGCCCUUAAACUUGACUAUACUGAUCGGACCAUCUCCCUCUCAUCUCCGGACAGUUGAUGAUUUCCCUGGUUUGCGUCUGUGUCUGGUUUAAAUCUCUCCUUCCAUGUCACAUAGAAGUCUAACAGUUAAUAGUAGUUUAUAAACUAGGGUUUUUUUGUUGUUUUGUUUUUUGGUAGCACAUCCAUGUAUGCUGUUAAGUAUAAAUUUUCAUUUAAUUUCUAAACUAUAAGAUCUGAGAUGGAAUGUUUCAUUAACAGCUACGUUUCAUUAACAGUUUUGUUAGUGUUUUUGCUUCAACACUUCGCAAGAUGACAUGGUGUUAGGCACCUGCCUUAUUUUUGCGUCGCACAGGCAUACACAAUAGAUUUCCUUUGAUCUGCAAGGGCAGGAUGCCUCGUUCCAUAUCACAGUGAGUUACACCAUACCUAUGACGUUACACCUCUGCCAAAUGCCUGCUUGUGUGUAUGUAGCAUGCCCGCCACAUAUGUCAUUCUAGAUGUUUGACCCACAGGGCUCUAUGGGUUCAUUCAGACACUCACCUCCUAACAACAUAGUCUCAGUGGCUCAAGAGUAUGAAUGGAUACAGCAGAGGCACUGUGACACAUCCUCUUAUCCAUGCAUUGAUUUUCCCCACCCAGUAUGCCAUCCUAAAAAUAAAAAGCCUAAGCUGCAAAGAGGCUGUGACAGGGCUACAGAAGUGGAAGCACUGGGACCUGAUAUUAGGAGAGAAAAAUUAUAACCAUGUGAAAAGGCAAAAAGCAAGUGUUUGCAACAUCUGACAACUUCUCGGCCCUUGAUAUAUGUAUAUAUGUAUAUGUGCAUGGAUUGUGUUUCCAGUACACCUUUCAACCAAAAGAGAUCCACAGUCGUUGAGUUCAAGUACAUAACAAGCAAAUGUCUAGUACAGUUCUUGUAUAUGUGUAUGGGUUGUUUUUUUCCUCUGAAGUUGCUUUGUUUUGUCUUAUAAAGGUGAAAAUUGUUUGCAAGUGAAGUGAGAAGUUCAUAAUUCUUUGGCUUUUUUCCUGUUUUUAAAAGUUCCUCCUUUGGGGAAGCUGGUCUGGAUGACCCGCUUAACUUGGAAAUCUUCGUUUUCAAUGUGUCAAGUCCAAAUGUGUUUAUGUGAGCUGUCACUGUAGGGAACCAAGUGCUUUGUCAUAUAGCUGGUUAUGAACUAGUAAUGUGUUUGGGAAGUCCUACUGAUGUUCCUUAUUGGGAGAAAAAUUCUGCUGGUUUUUAACAACUGUGCUUUUGCUAUGCAUGGUAUCCAAGUCAGUUGGAAAGCAGACCCUGAAAUUUGAGUUGAGGGUCAUUUAAGAAAGGGGCAGUUUAAAGCACAAUGCCUCACAUGGGACAAAGUUCCAAAAUACUAAAAUCUUAUUUUUAAAAAAUCUAGUUCUAUAAAAUACUAGUAUUAUGCGUGAGAAGGGAACAGAAUUGGGUUCAUUGGAAACACUAUCCAACUUAACAUUAAACUUGUCACCAUGAGAUAGCAUUAGCUGCCCAGGAUGCUGCUAUUAAAAAAAAAAACAAAAACAAAAAUAUUCAUUUAUAUCUGUGUAUUUUUUAAAG